CAGGCACCAACAUCAACCUAUAAAAUAUUUUAAGAGAAGAAGGAUAUCAUAUGUUAGCAUUGCUUCCUCAUUGUUCUACUUUUUGAUUCAUUGGUUGUUAGGAAAAGAUUCAGUAGAAGAGCUCCAUGUCAGUUUGCAAGCCCAAAAACACCGGAGCCACCGCCAACACCUCCACAAUGAAAAGGGCACAGCUAGUAUUUGUUCCUUGCCCUGGAAUUGGCCACCUUGUAUCCACUGUUGGCUUUGCAAAGCUCAUUCUUGGAAGAACUGAAAAUUUCUUGAUAACCAUGCUUGUCAUCAACCACCCAUACGAUCCUAGCGUAAACAGCUAUGUUGAAUCCCUUUUUGCCACCCAUACUCAAAUCAAGUCCAUUACUAUUCCUGCGAUUGCAGCACCACCUGUAGAAGCUUUAACUGAAAAAGUUUUUACUCAAUUCAUUCGUGACCACAGCCCCCUUGUAAGAGAUGCUAUCGUCAACCAAGUGAUAGCCAACAGCCCAGAUCCUGUAGCUAGUGUUAUUGUUGACUUGUUCUGCGCUUGCUUUAUUGAUGUUGCCAAAGAACUCGGGGUUCCUUCCUAUGUUUUCUUCUGUUCUGAUGCUGCUUUUUAUGGACUCACUGUUUACCUUUCAGAGAGAGAAGACGGGGGUCAGCCUAAGUUUAGAGAAUCUGACCUUGAUUAUACCAUUCCUUCUUACGCCAAUCCAGUGCCUUAUCGUGUUUUGCCACUCGUGCACAGGGAUCAGGCAUAUGAGACGUUUGGAGCUCUUGGAAGGAAAUACAAAGAGAGCAACGGUGUGAUCAUUAAUACGUUUUCGGAGCUUGAGUCUCAUGCUGUUAACACUCUUGUUGCUAGAGAUGAUUUACCAUCAAUUUUCACUGUGGGGCCAUUAAUUGAUCACAAGGGAAAGGGCUUGUCAGGGUCUGAGGCUGCUAAACGCGAUGAGAUCAUGAAAUGGCUUGAUGAUCAGCAUGAAAAUUCAGUGGUGUUCUUGUGCUUUGGAAGUCAAGGAGCUUUUAGAGAAGAGCAGUUGAAAGAGAUUGCGAUUGGGCUGGAGAGCAGUGGUCAACUGUUCUUGUGGGCCGUUCGCAAGCCACCCUCACCAGGCGAGAUUAUGCCAGGUUAUUACACUAGAUAUGACGAGAUUUUCCCGGCGGAGUUCUUGGAAAAGACAAAAAAUAUUGGCAGGCUCUGUGGGUGGGCACCACAAGUAGAAGUCCUGGCUCACAGAGCAGUUGGUGCUUUCGUGUCUCACUGCGGAUGGAACUCAACCUUGGAGUCCUUGUGGUAUGGUGUCCCUAUUAUAACCUGGCCCUAUUAUGGUGAGCAGCAGAUUAAUGCAUUUCAGUUGGUGAAGGACUUGGGAUUAGCAGUGGAGUUGACUCUGGAUUUCAGGAGGGAUUGUUCUACUGAUUUUGUGAAGGCAGAGGAUAUAACAAAAGCAGUGAAAUACAUGAUGGAACAAGGUAGUGAGUACAGAGCCAAGGCCAAAGCAACAGGUGAAAUAGCCAAGCAAGUUCUGUUAGAGGGUGGAUCUUCGUAUGUUGCUUUUGGACGCUUGAUUGAACAAUGGUUAGGAAACAAGCUUUGAAGGAUUUAGAAGUUGAAAUAAAUCUGUGGUGUUUACGGUUUGCCAUAUUAUUUCUGUAAUUUGUUUGUUGAUGAUCUACAAGGAUUCGUUCAACCUGCAUCGUUUCUUUUCUUUUUCUGCUCUGCUUAAUUUGUGGAAAUGUUGUGGUCUAUGAUGCUCUGUGGAGACCAUGAGGCUGAAACUUUCAGAUUAUGCAGCAAUCUGUUGAAAUGGGAGCACAUUUUCUUUCCAAAUUGUAUCACAGUUUGUUCUAUAAUUGGUGGCGGUGCAAGUGGCCAAGUGUAGUCACACUCUUAGAAUUGGGUUCUGGUCGAGAUGCUGUUGAUUAAUUAGUAGCUUGUAUGAUCCACCAUUGCUCUGCCAAAUGAUUGCUGUUCUCUUCGUUUUAUACGGAGAUCUUUGUAUGUAUGUAUUUGCUUUUGCCAAUUAAUGACUUUUUAUAACUAAGA